UCCUCACUCCGCUGGGUGGCAGCGCUGCUGCAGUGCGUCGAUUACUUUAAUAACAACGUAGAAGAAGACGUAGGAGCUUCUCGAAAAUGUCUGAGUACGCUGCAUCUCAGAAGAGUGCUCUGAAAUUAAAGGGCCUUGGGUCCAUUUCAGCCGGGAAAAAGAAGAAGAAGAAGGACAAAGAGACUAAGCGUCGCUUAGAGCAGGCCGCCAAUCAAGCCGAGGAGGAAGAGAAAUCCAAUAAAUCAUAUGUUGACAAAAGGACACCGGCUCAAAUGGCAUUUGACAAGAUGCAGGAGAAGAGGCAAAUGGAGAGGAUUCUGAACAAGGCAUCAAAGACUCAUAAACUGAGAGUGGAGGACUUCAAUCGGCACCUGGACUGCCUGACUGAGCAUUAUGAUAUUCCCAAGGUCAGCUGGACCAAAUAGAAGAGGAUCCUGCAGUGUUUUUGUGUAUUUGUUACUGCUUGGACUAAAGUCUUGCACAUCACAUUUGUUUGCUUAUUUUAUAUAUUUACAAUUAAAAGUCCUUCAAUCUGAAUUCAGUAAUCCUCAUGUUUAAAUUCCUUGUGUGUACAAUAAAAGGAUUUGAGUAAACUGA